AUGGGUGCACAAUCAACAACCAUCGAUCCUUCUCGCAAAAGUCUUGCACAAAACAAGACCAAGAAGAUUCUCGAGGAUGCAGAAAAGGGAGGCUAUGGAAUCAUUGCUUCAAUCGUCUACAAUGUCGAGAAUAUCGUCGCGGUAGUCAGAGCGGCCGAGAAUAAGCGUUCCCCUCUCAUAAUCCAAGUCUUCCCAUGGGCAAUCACGGCUUCCGAUGGCCUUCUUGUCAGAGCAGCAGCAGACGCUGCAUCACGAGCAUCAGUCCCAAUUGCGAUCCAUCUCGACCACGCUCAAGAUGAAGCAUUGAUUCGCCAUGCCGCAGAUAACUUGCCCUUUGAUUCCAUCAUGGUGGAUAUGUCUUACCACGAGAAAGAAGAGAACCUCGCAAAGACAAAAGAGCUUGUCGAGUAUUGCCACGAAAGAGGCAUCGCGACCGAAGCCGAGCCAGGACGAUUGGAAGGAGGCGAAGAUGGAGUCGCCGACACAGUAGACUUGGAAGGAGUCUUGACCACACCUGAAGACGUUGAGCAGUUUAUCGCAACCGGCGUCGAUUUCUUAGCCCCAGCCUUUGGAAACAUCCAUGGAGAAUCGCCGUACGGCAAGGCUGGACCUCAACUCGACUACGCAAGACUGGAAGCGAUCAAGAAGCAAGCGAACGGAAGAGUGAGGAUCGUUGCUCAUGGCACCAACGAAUGGCCAGAUGGCGUUACACAACGCGUCAUUCAAGCAGGUGUUAGCAAGAUCAAUGUUAAUAGACUGGUGCUGGAUGACUACUUGAGGCAUUUCAGAGAGAACGCAGCCAAGAUGCCCCUAACGAAGCUGAUUGAUGAGGGUAUUCAACACACAACACGACAACAGGAGGAGCAGAUGGAUGUCGCGUGGUCAACUGGCAAGGCAAAUUGA